GUCACAUCCGUCAACAAAAAGCACGCAACAACAAACUGGCUGCGCUCGCCGCUCGCUCAGCAUCGGCGCAGUUGACGGACCCCUGACGACGACGGCACGGGGACCUGCGAGCGCGGAGAACGACCAGUCGCGCUUUAUUUUUGUUUCGGUUCGCUUCAUUUUGUUUUUCUCGUUUUGUUUUUCGUUCGCGCGGUGUCCGUCGGGUUUUCUUUGUUGCGAGUGGAGCGGGGACUGGUUAGACCGUUGGUGUGGUGCGAGUCUUCUUCGGCGGCCGAGAACGCCACGCGACGGACUUGCUCUCCGCUGAACGCGCUACCGCAUCGAACAGCUGCGGUUUCUCGGGCUCCAAACGUCGCAGCCGCGAUGCCGUUCAUCGGUCGGGACUGGCGUUCUCCGGGCGAAGCCUGGGUCAAGACCGGAGAAGGCUGGGAAAAAAAGAAGAUCCUCGAGUUCUACUGUUGCGCCGACGAAAGUCUUGAUUCUUUGGAACAGCCUGCUGAAUACGACCUUCCGCCAUCGUCUCCACCAAACUUGGGGGGUGGAGAUGCAGGAAGCGGUGACGAGUGCCUGGACAUCGACGCCAAGCAGCGGCGGCUUUCUCAGCAGCCAUACUGCCAGAUCACACUAAAGUGCACACGAGAGGUUGCUGGCUACAACACCAUCAGUGAAGCGUUCCGUAGGCUAGACUUUCGCAACGGCAUCAAAGAUGUGCGGCGGUUCAACUACAUCUGCAAGUUGCUGCACCUCUUGAUCACAGAAAACCUGACCACGCUGAGUGGGUGUGCAAGUCGGGUGCUGUUCACCAUGCUUGAGGAGGUGGCAUCACAAGUUGCUGACAGUCGUCAGAACACACACAUUCUUCAGCUUCUCCUGGAAGACCUCGAGCGGACGCUGCGCAAGUACCACUGCUGGGGUCGGCCCCUAGGCUCGAGCCAGCUGUGGGAGCAACAUCUGCAGACCCUGCAGCGCAUCUGGAAUGUGCAGCGGCACAUCGAUCUCUCCAACCCCAAGCCGGACGACGACACACCCCAGUUUCCCCACCUGCCUCCCGAGCUGCUCAGGGAAGUUCUGCUACGUCUGGCCGACUACAGGGACCUGGCCAGCAGCGGAGAGGCGCACCCAGUGUUGGCGGCGCUGCUGCAAGAGGAGCAUGUGUGGCGGCGGCUGUGCCUCUUCCACUUUGGGCCCCAGCUGGUGGAGCAGUGGCUGCAGCAGCCGCCAGAAAAGCUCGACGGCGCCCCCGGGUGGCAGCGCCUCUUCCACCGCCUCCGGAAGAAGCAUGGCCUCCGCGAGGAGUAUGCAGAUAGCCUGCUACUCUGCCGCUACUGUCGAUGCCUCUUCUGGAAGUCCUUUGGCCACCCCUGCCUCAACUCUUCGCGAGAGGAGGCCGCGGAGGAGGCCAACAGUGGUGCUGUGAUGCCGACUAGCGCAUUGCCCAUGUGCAUUCCCGUCACCCCUCAGGCGUUUCUCCAGUUCUUCUCGCUGUGAAAGGUGGUGGUCUGCCAGUGCCAAUGUUGUUCCAGAACCAGAGCUGUUGCCGUUCCCCAGAACGGCGCUGGCAGCUGACGACUCAAGUGCUGCCACGGCGUCGGCAUGUCGUUUCCCUCCUGUCCACUUUGAAAAGGCAGCCUACUCAAUCUUGUUGUCUUUACAUUUUUUGGCUCUUAUCUUGUCAGCACUUUUGGUCAGAGUGCGUUGCAUGCCAGCGGAAGGGGCAUGUCAGGUUUUUUGUCAAGUUGGAAAAGGGGGUCGUUGUUGCCACGGUGCCAUUCAUUGGUGUUGCUGCCAGGCAUCAUUACCUUGUCACUAUAUGCAGGCUUGGAGCUAGGAUUGUUCCUUUGUGUUACCCGGCACGGUGCAGUUGUUCCAGGCUGCACUGUAGUCACAUAUCAGUAAUCGUUGUCAUUCUCUCAUGAAAUCGCUGGCUUUAGUGCUGUGUGGCUGGUGCCUUUAUGUCAGCAACACUUGCAUGCAUUUCUCUUUAUCAGGAGGACUGUAAUCUAGAAUGCCAUUAUACUGAAAGGAAGUGCACCUUAAAAUAGUGAUGAUUACUUUUGUCAUUUAAAAAUUAGAAACAUGCACUAUCCUGUGCAUGUUUCUAAUUUUGUUUCUAAUAGCCAUCUGGUCUUAUAGACAAGGCAGUGUGCACUCGUGGCAUGCAUGACGUUAUUAGAAAGCAUGCCAAAUGUCUCCCACCAUUCGGAGAGCAAUAGCCCCAUUUUUGAAGAACUUGGUUAAAUAUGCUAUGGAAAAAUUAGUCAGUUAAGUUAGUCUGACAACUCAUUCAAAAUUGAUGCCAGCGAGGACUGUAUUUUCAGCCUGUCACUUUCGGGGAUUUCACUCUCAGUGCACGUACCAUUGGAUAAGCCAGCAUACAUCCUUGGAUGCUUGACCCUCGAAAUGAGGCAUCGUAUUGGACGUUGAAGCAUGUAAAUGAGAAUGUGUUCCUGAGCGUAACUGAUCAAAAACAUACACCCCGUUAUUAUAUAUAUAUAUAUAGACACACACAAACACACCCACAGUCGACUCUCGUUACAACGGACCCUGAUAAUCCUACAAAAAACGUCCCUAAUGUCAAAAGUCCAGAAUAUCCAAAAUGCCUCACUUCUGAAACUUUGGUCGCGAUGUCUAACGACGUUAUCGCAAGAAAUUAGUGAUGAACGUCCAAAGUAAAAAAAUGAACAAAAUCGCAGUUUCGCCCAGCAGGCGAAGCAUCGAUUGUGAGAGCAAAUCAGUAGACAGCUAUGUGAAGUAAGGAUACUAGUUUUAUCUCGCUCAAUAACCGCGGAAAGUCGCUUUCAAAAAGUUGGAGUGAGUAAGUGCGGCAGCAGCAGCAAGUGAAUUGACCUUCGUGCUAUCUCGCUUGAACGCGAACUAAACAUCGAAAGCACAGCGCACGCGAAGCUAUCAGCACUGGGCGUACUUUGUCCACAUCGCAGGUCGCUUUCAAGAUACGGCAGCCGUGUUGUAAGCAGCAGCUGCCAGAGAAGAACCCCCCUCUUCCUUACCACCUCUGGUUCCUCGCGCGCGAAUGAAGACUGUGUGUUUUAUGCCCCACCUUCCUCUCUUGUGCAUGCAAUAUUGAGAUAUUGAGCCGCAAUCAUUGGCUGACCCUCGCAAGUCAGAUGUCAGCCCAUGUCGACAUGGCGAAAGCAUGUUUUAUACGCCUGACUUUGAAAAAAAUUACUGCUAAUUUCGUCUGCUGUAGCUGAUAGUCAGUUGUAGUGUGGUCCGUUAAAAGCGAACUUCGUUGCAUUAAUAAAAUAGGUAGAAUAAACUAGGGUUGAAAUAUGGUCUGUUAUAUCCGAAAAUCUGUUGUAUGCGGGUUCGUUGUAGCAAGCGUAGACUGUAUCUGGGUGGCUAAAGCUUGUUGCUGGGUGAGUUGGUCAUAUAGUUUGUUAGUUUGUUGCUGAGUUACUGGAGCCAAGGGGACACAUAAAAUAACGCUCAGUGUUCUCAUCUACAUGUCAUGUAUUUUAAUUGCGUCAAUACUUGCCAGCUCGUCUAAAGUCGAACGUCUUUAUAAUUAAGUGCUCGCAGCCUCCGAAAUAAUUUCUUAUACAGGUCGCGCACCACACAGCUCAUGAUAGAACCGGGACAGAAAUAUUCCUUCAGUAUUCAGGUCAUGUUGUUGUACAGGUGCUCGACUCUACCUGUUUAGUAUGACGGUAAACUAAAAAUAAUUCAAUGAAACCUAUAAGUUCCACUGAGACAUGUCCCUGCAAGCCUACGUAACAUUCCUUUAAGAAGUUGUAGUUUGUGCUAUGGGUAGUGUUUCGAAUGUUCGCGAGUUGUGAUAUCCGUACUGGUCAAUAAUACCCAAUGGCGCCCCUACUUGAAAGUCUAGAUGAGGGUCUAGGUUAUAGAUUUCUGAACGUUAAACAAAUUUGCGUGUAGCACGGCUGCACUUUCACUGUGCAAGAUCAAUAAUGUUUUGACGAAACGUUUCAUUCCCAGAAAAUUCAUUGUUUAAGUCAUUGCCUGCCGUGAAAAGCGAAGAGGUUCCAUUAAGUGUUGAAAGUUCUAUGUUUUCUUUAUCCUAGUCUGUUAUGGAACAUGCCUGCAGCUUUUACUGGUGCAUAUCAAGGCUGUUACUAGAGUGAACACAGCCAAAGAAAAACACUUACAUAACAAAGAAUGCAACAAGAUGGUUUAACAUUGGAUCUCGGCAGAAACGCUGGCAUCUGACACCGCAUGUCAGUGCUGUGGGGUAGAGGUUACGUUGGAACCUCCUCCAAGCAUUGUAAAAUUGGAAGCCAGUGGAAUGGAAUUGUGGCAAUAGCGCCGCCUGAUACUUGUUUCCAACUGAGCCCCUGUUAUGAUCACCGGUGCUUUAGAGUUUGUACAUAUGUAUGUAGGUUGGUAUAUGAGCUAUAUUUUCUAUACAGAAAUCUUAUUUCAGUAUUUAAAAGGUAUAAAAAAUAAUGAACUUAAAAAAAAUGUAUAUUCAUACGUUUGUCUGCAAGCUGAGAGUGUUCAGUGGAGCAAAGAAAGGAAUGAACACAUCAGCGCUGUGGAAAGCGAGCUGUUGAAUGUUGAAGAGUUUGUGUGAAAUGUAAAUGUUGAGGAAACCUGCAUUCCCUCCCCACCCCCCUCUUUAUUUAUUUUUCAUUUUUUUGUCAGUUACUUCUCUUAACUCUCUACGCUCCCCUCCCAAAGGGAAAGAGUAGCUUGCGAUUAAAGGCAAUCCACUUCAAUUUUGGUCCACUUCGCAUGGUAUGUUGCGGUCAAAAUGGUGGUAUGUAAGAACUGAUGUGUAGUAACAGUAGCUGCUCAGCUGUGUGCUGGAGAUUGAGCAAUGUGCCCCUCAGAUUUCCAUUAUUUGUCACACGAAUGUUUGCUGUGCAUAUCCUGAAACAAUGCUAGCGCCCAAGGAACAGCAACUGCUAGUGAUGAAAUCUUCCGUGCUUUAAGUGUGGCAAAUGAACUGUGGUCUGUGGCGCUGGCAUCUUUCCGCACACCUGUGCAAUGCACUGACAUAACUUCAGCCGGCACUUACAGCUAGAGCACCAGGAAAGGGAGAGCCACACAAUAUAGUGCUCCCUAUAACAGUGUACUGGACUGUACAAACAAAUGUAAGCUUGUGGGGUCAUGCUAGAGGACACAGACUGUUAUUGAGGCACACGAAGACACAUACUUGCAAAGACCUCGCCAAGAGUCUGUGUCUUAUCCACGCUUAGUAUGAAUCGCCAACUCUGCCAUAGAAGCAGCACUCUUAACCCUUUGCGGUCAUGAGCAUUUAUCCAAUUUGUGGUCAUUCCAGAUUUCACACGUUCACACAAAGUGCUGUCAUUCGAGGACAUUUUCUGACCACCGCUGAAAUGUAUUCAUCCUCGGCCCUAGGAUCAUCAUCUGAUUCACUGAACUUGGAGGAAUUUCGCCCACAAGAUGCAUGUGCCGAAGACUUCAUGGUUCUGUCAACGUUUCACGCCACAAAUUGCGCAAAAAUUUCUUCAAGAAAUUUCUUCAAGAAAGGGAAAAGAAGUGCUGCCUUCAUAUGAAGACAUCAUGAAGUGCAAAACUAGUCGAAAAAGUUCCAGAACGCUAGCGCUACCAACCCAAAUAACUGGCAAACAUGAGCACAAAAGCAUGUUGGGUGCUUUGUGACCACUGGCCAAAACCAAUAUUUUAACACAAAAGUGUUUUAUGCAGGGCUCCACCAUCAACUUCCUGUUAUGGAUGUGACAUCGACACAAACACGUAAAAUAUGCUUACUUGACAGAGAUGGUGCUGCCAUCUGGUAGCAGUGAAGCGAAAUAGUGCAGCAUGACACUAACGUGCGCCAACAGUGAGCGCUUUGGGUAGACUUCGGAGACUCCAACAUGGUGUAGCCUGGUCUAGGCAGUGUAUGUCUUCUGCUGAAGUGCCAACGCAGUUUCCACACAUUAUUUCUUUUGCAUCCGAUUAGCCUUUGAUGCCUUGUCGCCUACAGAGUGCAGCUUCAACAGGCAUCAGCAUUGCUUACACACCAUCUACUGCUUCACUUGCGACGACACCAAAAGAACUGCUGUGGCACAGAAAGGCAAUGACACCGACAGGCAAAUCUCACUUCGAUCUGGCAAGAGACACCGCCAGCGUGAAGCAGAACGCGUUCGCUGCAAACUUUGCCACUCGGAUUCCUGAAGCUGAGGGCGUUGCAACUCAACUGGCUGCACAAGACAAUGCGGAGCCAGACCAAAAUGCUCGUACUUUCGCCGAAGCAACUCGGCAGCAGGACGCCGCACGCCAAGCAAACCUGCAACACGGUUUCCGACCCACAAAUUGUGAGCCUUUCGCUGUAGCGGAUUGUGAGUUCAUGAAGCGAACGUGCCACAGCUCUGUGAAGACAUGUUUCACUUUCGUGUUCUACCGAUUCCUAUGAAAGAGGGAUCAACCAGAACUUUUUUUGCCUGGCAGGAAGGGCCCGACACAUGAUCACAAAGGGUUAAGUGUGAAUGUGAAGAAGAUUGAAAGACAUUAAAAUGUACUGGAAAAUGCUGAAAAUUUUGGCCAUAACGAAACUGCCAUCAACAGAAUAAUCACUAUUGGCAAGAAUUUUUUGUUUGAAAAUUGCAUUAUUCACGGUCUGCAAGCACAUGAGGCAAAAUAAAGGACACUGAAAUACCUGAGUGGAAGGUUGCGGAAGCUUUUAGUGUAGACAUCAGAGGGAAAGCUAUCAUGCUCGCAUAUAUUCAACGCUGACUAGUGAGGCAGUUCUAACAGCUGGAAAGUUGCAGGUCAUGUAUUUGCUACAAUACCUUGCGUACAUUUAAAAAAAAAAACAGUCUGAAACAGCAGGUGCCAGUUCACUGCAAAGAACUACUACAUGUAUGAGGACGAGAAUGUACAAAACGAAUUUUGUCUCUCACAAUAUGUUCCUUAGAGGACCCCCCUCGCCAGACAGAAAAGUUUGGUUAUGCAGUCUUAAGGUUUUAAAGCACCAUCCAGGAAUUGUUCUGAAAAGAAAAAAAUUGUUUAAUAAUAGCAGAGAUGGAAGCAAAUGAAAUAUUCCAGGGUGGCGGUGCGAGGCGGUCGACUUUCCCUUUCCAGCAGAGGCUCUCUAACUUUGCCUUGACCACUGUACACAAGCGACAUUCCUUCCUUGCCUUCAGCCAUAUCAAAGCCAAAGGCUCACAAAAUGUUUGUCAUGGUCCAUGCCUCAUUUAUUUUUCUUCGUCUCCCUUCAUUAUUAUUAUUAUUAUUUAUUUUUUAAGAUUGCUGCAUAGUGCAUUUCCUAUGGCACUAUUGGGCACUUUGCUAUUCGUGGGGAUCCCCAAACUGUUCAUGUGGCUCCUGGAUAUUUGUACGGCACAGUGCAAAAGUGAUACAGAGGCAGCUGCCUGCGAUGUCGUCAAUGCUAGAAGGGGGAAUAGCAACUCUGAGAACUGGCGUGGGCCUUCGUUUGAAUUUUUGGCUGUUUUUGCAGCGUACAUUUGUGUAGUACUUGGCAGAAACAAUCACCACCAUGGGAUCUAUGCACUGUAGAGCUUCCUACAAAAAUUACUAGAGGGAACUGCUGCAGCAAUUCAGAUAGUGCAGAAAUAGGGGCUUUGCCUAAUUUUCGUGUUUGUGGCUUCGUACGCUCUUGUGGCAUUAUUUCCCAUGCUUUCUUUAUCUCUCAAAGUUUUGAAGAAAUCCUUUUUUUUUUCUGAAUGCAUGAAGACAAUAAGUUUCUGCAACCAUAAUCAUUGCAAAUUGUCGCACUUAUAACACAAUAUUUUGUCAAAAACGACGAAAUUUGCAAAGUCUCAAAGCCACUUCAAGCCAUUAGGCCAAAGUCAUGCAAAUAUGCCUUCUACCCGUCAUUCCCAUGCUUGCUUAACCGCUGUAUUUGCAGUUCCUGUAGACAUAUAGUGGCAGAGUUCUGUCUUGUAAUUUUUAUAGGAAACUCUGUGCCAUGAAUAAUCUGUUUUGCAAUGGCCAAACCUCUUUGGGGCCUUUGAGUGGUAUGGUUAACUAAAUGCUUGAACCACACUGGGCUAAAUGCCAGUGCCUCAGUUCCACAGUGCAGUAUGACAUUGUUUUCUCCUGCUGGCUUCUAGCGUAUGUUUUUAAGGUCCCUCUAAGGUCUUGCUGUGAUUCCUCGACGGAGCAUCAGAAACUAGCCGACUUUCACUUCUUCGUCGAGCUGACAGUGCAGGGUUGGCAAUCUUUAUUCCUAACUAGCUCCUUGUUGUGUUUUACUGUGUUGCUUUGCACAUUGUUAGCAGCACCUUUAUUCAACACACGUGCUGUCUCGGGAUUUGUUACUUUGUGGAAGCACAGCCUUCCCUCCUUCUCACUGUAGAAGAUCGCACUGAAAUAUUAUCAAAGACAAAGGUCUAGAGCUUUUAGCCACAGGCUAUAGUUUUGUUGUUUUCUUGGCACAAGAAGACAAGGGAAAGCCUUGGCAUGUUUUUGCACCAAACUGUGUGUACUCAGCAGAAGCUGCUGUUGCGCCAACCUUGGCUCGUGUUUGAGCAUACAAAGAAAAUUGCGUUCCCGUGAAUUUGACAGGAGAGACCAGUUAAGUGUAGUCCUGGCAUGCUGGAUACACGGAGCGCUACAAAAUGUCACGAGUUCCCGAAGUGGUGCAAUGUAAGGGUCACAAUUUUAGAAAUAUGGAAUUCUUACGUCAUGUAUCUGUGCUUGAUACUAGCAGCUCGGGCAUCAAGUUGGCAACUACCGUUUUUAAGUUGCGGAACUGCUUGAAAUUUGUGCUGUUGUGAGACUAGUGCAGUAAAUACAAGUGAUUAUUUUCUCGGUGUUGUAAGAGAGAGAUAAUUCUGGUAGAUGUGUGAUAUACAGCAGCUGAUUCGUAAGACACUGCUUUGGCUGCCUUUGUCUCCUCAGCAUUUCGAUCGUGCUUGACCCUCUCUCUUUGCAAAUUUCUGUGCAGUGUGUGAACGUAAAGUCCGCGAACAGUGCGGCCUGAUAACUCUCUCAUCCCAAGUCAACUUGUACAGUUGUCUAGUCAAAGUGGCACAUCCAAUGUCCUUCUAAUGACAACGCAACUCUUUCCCACCACAUAGAAGAGCUUCCACCCAAAUAAAAGUUUUUUUUUUCUUCUCUUAAGCCGGUAAAAUGGAGCAGAGUGUGAAGUGUGAACAACCAAAUAUUAUCAAGCUGGUUUCAUAUUUCUUAAUUUAGACAGCUUUCUGUGAAAGGUACUUGUUGUUUGUCAUUGAAUGUGCUAAGAUGAAGCGGUAUGUACCCGUGUGAACAAGGAGCGGAAACUUCUUGCGCAGCUUGAUCUGUAAUAUGACUAUCUCAUUUUGGUUUGAUGUUAGAGGUGAAUUUAGGUGAAUACAUAUUAUUUUUGUCCAACACUUUUAGAUUUAGUCUUUCUUAAUUUUAGUCCAUAUAGUUCUUAUCGUAUACUCAAUGACUGCAUAUAUGGCUGUCAUUUUUGUUUGUACAGUGUUUACAGUUAAUUAUAGUUGACUAAUAUGCCUAGAGAAUAGUUAAUUACAUGUUAAGGCAGCUUUUCUGCCUUUUCAGCUCUCGAGUGUGGAGUGGAUAUCAAAAGCAGUUUUCUACAAAAGAUUGUUUUAUCAAAUGUGCAAUUGUCUGCCGCUGUGACUGUCUGCUGAAGUGUUUUGCCUUCGAAUCCGUCUUUAUGCUGUGUAAUCAAGUUGGAUAUGGUCUAUACAUAACUUAUGUUUCUAUGUGUAAAAUAUAAAAUAAUCCCGUACUGCCUUGCUGACACAUGCUUGUAUGUUGCCAGCUUACUAGGUGUGAUGCAGUGCCUAUGUGUACAGAUAAACAAUGCAUACAUUGUACAGUUUAAAUCAUAUUUCCUCUUGGUUUCUUUUUCGGGGAUACUUAUAUUUCUUUCUCCCAAAUAUAUUUCUCCGAAAUGUCUGUCGACCUCUAAAGUUACUUCAACAAGUCAUGUAUGUGAUCCAAGCUGGUAAAUGCAUAUAUAUGUAUACUCAAAAAUAUAUUUUGUUUUAUGGUAUUAUAUGUUUUAAAAAAUAAAGCGUACAUCUCUA